UUGAUUUAAUAAAAGACGGUGUCACGAAAUGUGAUGUUUCUUUGGAUUCCCUGUCAACAUACCAAAGAUGAAAUGUCAACGACAGUGUAAAUUGUUUGGGCUGGGAUGUGUGUAUAGUUCAAUUAUUGUGGUAUGAUUAUACUGGCAGCCCUCGUAUUUUGAUCGUGUUGAUCACUGUAGUAGUGGUGAAUUAUAUCAGCUGGAAAGCAAGUUUCUAAUGUGUACAUAGCUGCCAACACAGCAUCUGUCUGGAGCUAUCUCAUCAAGGUUUUUGUGUGAAGAUGAGCACUCAACGGGGAAAUACACAGAGAACCAGGCCACAGGCACACCAAAAUACGAAAGCAUUUAAAAAUGACCUACAUGAUACCUCUUCUCAGACAAAGCUUAUAAAUAAUAUUGAUCUGUCGGGUGUGUGUGAAAGAUGCAAGAGCAUCUUGGAAUGGAAAAUUAAAUACAAAAAAUACAAGCCCCUAAAGGCUCCCAAAAAAUGUGUGAAAUGUGAACAGAAAAGUGUAAAAAAGGCUUACCAUACAGUCUGUUUCCCUUGUGCCAAAUUACUGAAUGUAUGCCCAAAAUGUGGUAAAAAUGAGAAAGUUAUUGAGAAACUAAUUUCUAUUGAAGAACAACUGAAAAAGGAUGCUGAACUCCAGAGACAAAUAAAGCUGCUGUCAUUGCGAAGACGACGUACACUUCUACGUUACAUUGCUAGCCUUACCAAGGGUACAAAUUCAGGCUUUGCUGUGGGAGAAGAUGAAAUGAGGAAACUGCAGGAAGAAGUUACAAAGAAACUGGAAUCACUGAAAAUAAACAAAGAUGAUGUUUUGGAUGACUUAUUAGAUGAUCUUACUGAUGAAAGUGAUGAUGAUUGAUUACUCUAUCUCAAAGAUUUUACCAAAGAAUAUAACUUAUUUCAGUAAUAUCCUUCAUAUAUUCCCAAAACAUGUAGAGUACAUAAUGUGUUUUCUUGCUAGUAGUGCAUGUGCAGCUUUAGAAUACGCUUCAGAAGGAACAAACCUAUUUUUACUAUUUUCUCUUACAUAGAGUAGAUAUAGCAUAGCUGUUUCUUAUACUAUACUUUCAUGUUAACUGGAAAUAAAUAUAUUUGUCCCAAAGUUA